CAACUAGAUAUAUCAAGUACUACACCACAACUUCAAUCAGAAAAAAAAAGUGCAUCACUAAUUUGUUCUAAUGAAAAUCAAAAGACAAAGAAAAGAAAUUAGAAAGGGAAAGAAGUGAUCACAUGAAGUUUACACUUUUGCUGACCCAGAUCAAGAGAUGUUGCUAUCAAUUCACACCCUAAAAUAACAUAAAUGAAAUGUCGUGUGUAAGCCUAAUCUAAUCUAACAACCCUUAAUGGAACUCCAAACAACUCACAACAUCCUCCAUUUCAUUUUCUCCUGAAAAUACCUUCAUGUCUAAGUAAAAAAAAACAAAAACCAUUAUAACUGCUGUCAUAUUUCUCUGACGCAUUUCGUCGAACACAAAGUAUGCAUCUUUGCGCAGGUAGAAGAAGAUAAAGAAUCACAAGUUUUUGAUUUGAUGAAGCGUUUCUUGAUAUGUCACCGGCGUUGCUAAGCACCGGUGCACAAAUUUUGGAUACAUCUAACCCUAAUAAAGGUGAGAUUUUGAGUUCUUUGCAUAUUUCUGUGUUGGGAUUUUCUGGGUUUAUUUCCAACGAUCAAAUUGCAUCAUCAUAUAACAUGAAUUCAUCACAUGGACAAUCUGGGUUUGUUAGUUCGAGUGAAAUUAAUGCAAAUUUUGAGUUUAGUUCCUCGUCAACUUCGAAUUUGGGGUCUGAAAAGCCCACAUUUAGUUCAAUGUCUAGUCUUUCAAGACCUAAGAUGGUGAAGUCUAGGAAAUCUCAGAAUACCAGGUCAAUGGGUAGCUCAGAAACCCGGAAAAUCGAUUCGGGUUUUAAUCCGUUUCGGCCCUUUUCGGAUAAUCGAACAGGGGUUUCAUCUAGGGUGGAGAGUGAGGAUGAUGAUGAUGGUUCAUUUAUGAAUAGUAGCAAACAUUUGAAUUUGAAGGUUACAAGUAAGCAUGAAGAAGUAGGGAAUGCACUUAUUGAUGAAAUAAGGAAACUGAGAAUAGAGAAUCAAUAUAUUGGUAGUCAAAGUGGCAAGAAUUUGUAUGAAAAGGGGAGUGGUAUUCAGCAGCCUAGCAAAGGUGGUAGCAAGGAUUUGCAAGCUGAGCUUCCAGAUAAGAUGAAAGAGCUGAACCUUGGAGGUGUAGGUAGCGAGACUUCGAAAGUAUCGGGGGUUGCGUUUGACAAUGUUGGUGGGAGACAUGGUGCUGGUAAUGUGAGUAAUUCAUUUGGUACAUCGUUGGCAUCUGAACUUCCUAAUGAUUUGGGGCGAUUGAAUCUUAAAGAUAGUGGUGAAAUUGGUAGUGGUAAUUUUGCUUUUGGUGCUUCUGGUAGGAAUAAUUUUGUGUUUGGGAGCAGUAGGACAAUGAAAGAUUCUAAUGACCCCAGCUUAGCAAGCACACUUCCUGAUAGAAUUAAGAACUUAAAAGUAUCAGAUUCCGACAAAUUUAGUGGCACUCAGAAAGAAAUGAAUAUCAACAAGAACGAUAGGACAUUUGGCUCUGGGAAUGCUAGUAGCACUAGAUCGGGUGGUGUGGUGGAUACAAUGAUUUUGGAUGAGAUGGAGAAGUUGAAAAUUCGAGGUGAUUUUAAGGAAUUUAGUGAUCAAGCCGGUACAAGUGAGUCUUCAUUUUUAAGGACAGGAUCAAUUGGAAGCAUGACCAAGGAAGAUAGUAGAACAUCAUAUCCCAUGGAUUUUCUAAACCCAACCAUAGAACAGGGAUCUAAAUUUCAUGAUGCAUCUGCAUCACCAACUACAUCUUUUGCAUCUGCUGGUCUCCACUUCCAGCCAGUGAGGCAUGAAGUUAAAGUGCCUUGUAGUGAUGGUGCUGAGAUGUCGGAAGGUUUUGCUUUUAGUAGUAAACGAGAAGGUUUGAGGAUUCCCUAUGUUGACUUUAUGACACCUGAUUCAAAAGGCAUUUCAUUCACUGGAUCAAAAUUGCAAUCGGGAUUCAGCACCAGGAAGGGACUAGCUAAAGAUGGUAAACCAAAGGGGAGGAAGGCAAAAAUAAAAGAACCUACAUCAAUCCUAUUUCCCAUGGGGAAGAAUUUUACAUCGAAGGAGAACAACAUCCAAGAUGAACCUUCUGAAUCUUAUUCACCAAUGGAUGUUUCUCCUUAUCGUGAAACUGGGGAUGACGAGCAAUCAAGUAGAGAGCCUUCGUUGACAUCUGAGAACCAGACAUCAAUUGAUUCACAGGCAUCCUUUUCUAAUGAUGCCAUAGAUGAGGAUCUAAUUAGAGCUACAGAAAGAAUGGACAUUAAUGAAAGCAAUGAUGGGAAGCAUGAUAAAGCAGAAGAGCAAGUUUCAGAGUGCACUGGCAAUACAUGUGCUGCUGCGGCAAGCUCUCCAGUGCAAUGUGUGUCUGGAGUUGAGAAUGAAAGUUUUAUGUCUGCAUCUGAGACUUUGGAUGAUAACGGUGAGAAUGAAGCCGAAUCAAACAGUGAGGAACAAAGUUGUGAUCAAACUCGGUAUUUCUCUGCUGCAAGUUCUGCAAUCAGUGGAGACUUCACUUUUGCUGCUUCCAGUUCUUUUCAAGAUCAAGCAUCAGCUGCUACACGCUUUCUUAAGAAGAAGAUACAAAGGAAAGCUACUCCAGAUAUCUAUAUUCCCACUAGAACUGCUGAAUCAUCUGAUGCACAGUUUUCUCCAAUAUCUAGAGUUUCUGUGCUUCCCUCACAGGUGGUGCAAAGCGAUGGUUUACCAACUUCUCCAUUAGGAGGAGGUAAAAAUGUUACCUCUCCAAUAAACAUGGCAGUGGGAGGUAAUAUAUUCGGGGAUUCAAAGAAGGUUAUUUCAUCUCCUACAGCUUCAGCUCGUGCAGCACAAGAAGCUUGUGAGAAGUGGCGUAUCAGGGGAAACCAAGCUUAUACAAAUGGAGAUAUGGAGAAAGCGGAGAAUUGUUAUAGUCAGGCGUUAAGCUGCAUUCCUCAACAUGAAACAUCUAGGGAUUGCCUCCGAGAAUUGGUACUUUGCUACAGUAAUCGUGCUGCAGCUCGUAUGUCUCGAGGAAGAAUGAGAGAAGCAUUACGAGACAGUCUGGUUGCUGCAGAGAUAGAUCCCAAAUUCUUCAGAGUUCAACUCAGAGCUGCAAAUUGUUACCUUGCUCUUGGUGAAAUUGGCGACGCGGCACAACAUUUCAAGAAAUUGUUGCAGUCAUCUGAUGUCUGCGUGGAGAGGAAAAUAAUAUUAGAAGCUUCUGAUGGCCUACAAAAGGCACAGAAAGCGUCUGAAUUCAUGGAUCGUUCUGCUGGACUUUUGCUGCAAAAGACUUUUUCUGAUGCAGAAAAUGCUCUAGGAGUUAUUGCUGAGGCUCUAGUUAUAAGCCCAUACUCGGAGAAGUUGCUGGAAAGUAAAGCAGAAGCACUUUUCAUGUUGCGGAGGUAUGAGGAGGUGAUACAGCUAUGUGGACAGACUCUGGAAGCUGCUGAAAAGAACUCUCCUUUAUUGGGUGCUGAUGGACAGUCAUCAUAUUCGGAGGCUUCUGAGCUCUUGAAGUGUUAUUCUUUCCGGAUUUGGCGUUAUUGUCUUAUAUUCAGAUCAAACUUUUAUUUAGGAAAACUGGAAGAAGCUGUUGAUUUUCUGGAGAAGCAAGAGUGCUGGAGGUCUAUGUUGGCCAAGUUUGGAAGUGAGACUCUUGAGACAUUAAUACCGCAGCUCUCCACAGCACAUGAGCUGUUAAGUCACAAGUCUGCAGGAAAUGGAGCCUUUCAAGCAGGAAAGCAUAAAGAAGCUGUUGAACAUUAUACUGCUGCUUUGUCGUUCAAUGUUGAGUCCCGUCCCUUCAGUGCUGUAUGUUUUGCCAAUCGUGCUGCAGCUUACCAGGCAUUGGGGCAGAUCACUGAUGCAAUUGCUGACUGCAGCUUAUCAAUAGCUCUGGAUGGACAUUACUUGAAGGCAAUAUCCAGAAGAGCUACCUUAUUUGAGAUGAUUAGAGAUUAUGAACAGGCAGCAAAAGAUCUUGAAAGUCUUGUGUCUCUUCUCACCAAGCAGGGAGAGGAGAAGUCCCAUCACUCAGGAGCAUAUUUGCCGAGUGGUUCUGUAGCUGAUUUAAGACAAGCACGUCAACGGCUCUAUCAGAUGGAGGAACAAACUAGAAAAGGGAUACCUUUAAAUUUUUACCUCAUUUUGGGAGUGGAGCCAUCUGUUACAGCAGCAAAUCUGAAGAAAGCUUAUCGUAAAGCUGCUUUGAGGCAUCACCCUGAUAAGGCGGGUCAAUCAUUGGCAAGAGCUGAGAGUGGAGAUGAUGGUCUGUGGAAGGAAAUAUCCGAGGGGGCCUACAAUGAUGCUGAUAAGCUUUUUAAGAUGAUCGGUGAGGCAUAUGCCGUUCUUUCAGACCCUGAUAAGCGCUACCAGUAUGAUAUUGAAGAGGAGACAAGGAACGGCCACAGGAAAGGCAAUAGUAACACGUCAAGAAUGCAUACGGAGACUUCAUUUCAAGCUGCAGAAAGAGGUGGUACUGGGCGACAAUGGCAAGAAAUGUGGAGAUCUUCUGCCAACCCUUAUUCUCGAGGGUUUGAGCCUACUAGACCUGGUAGAUACUAUUGAUAGUAGGACAGCCAGAUGAAUCAGGGUAUUCAAAUUGUGGGGAAACCGUUAGAUAUCUCUCGAUAUGAUUUUUCAACGGUAAAUACUAUUUCGAUUCAUUGCUCAUAUUCUACGAUAGAGACCCUCGACUAAGCCUUGUGUUAAAUUUGGAGUUCACAAGCAUUGUUGUGAUUGAUCACAGCACGCAAGCAGAGCGAGUUUCGAUGGAGUACAUAGAUGUUCAAAAAAGAAACCAAUUUCUUUCUAGAUUCUUUUUCCCUUUUUUCAAAACUAUUUAUCAAUGUUUUUUUUCUUCCCAUUUCUCUCUUUUUUCAUUUUCUAUUUCCUCCUUUUUAAUCAUUUUGGUUGGGAGGGGUGUGGAGGUGUUUGUAUGUGAGGAUGAGGUUCAUUUUCCAGUUUGAGAUAUGUAAAUACAGGCUACUUUGUAUAGCAUGUAGAAUUGCUUUGUUUGAAAUGAAAUUACGAUAGUAUUUGCAUAUGUUAA